AUGACACUACUCCACAUGGAACAAGACGCAGAGCAAAUAACACCUGACCAACCUCAACAACGACUUCGAGAAGCCAAGUUUACGAACGAGAUUGGAGUGCCUCGCAUCGGCGUAGGCGUCUUCGUUCUCAAUUCACACAAUGAGUUCAUAUUCGGCAGGCGCAAAGGUUCUCACGGCAACGGCACAUGGGCUCUUCCCGGAGGCCACCUCGAGCUCCACGAAAGUUUCGAAGACUGUGCCCGGCGGGAAGCAAUGGAGGAAAUAGGCAUGGAGAUUGAGGAUGUACAGUUCCUCACAGCAACGAAUAGUCCUUGGAUAGAUGGUUCGAAGCACUAUGUCACGAUUUUCGUGGUGAGUCGACCGAAGGUUGAGGGCAGUCAGCCGACGUUGUUGGAGCCGGAGAAGUGUUACGGGUGGCAGUGGAUGAGAUGGGAGGAGCUGUUUGAAUGGCAUAAGAAGGGCAAGGAAGUGCCGGGGAGUGACGAUGAGCAAGGACAAGGAAGAGAAAGAGAAUUGUUUGAACCGAUGACGGCGUUAAUCGAGCAGCGUACUGGCGUGAGACCCGUGCUGCAAAGAUCCCUAAACUCCCUUGGCUGA